AUGCACGCCGAAGUAAACAUGCCGAAACGGCCACAGGCGCGUAAGAGUGCGAAGGGCAAGAGAGAAUGGGCCGGAAGUGGCGUGGCUGGCGGCAUGUUGCCGAGAGGAAAAGCAACAAUUGUCAAUUGUUUGCUUCAUUUUCUGGUGAACUGUUUGCCAAUUUUGUGGCCAAAGAUGGACAACCUGAAACCGGUCACGGUUGGGAUGAGGCUCGGGCUGUUGGGUGGAGGUGGAGGCGAGUCAAAGUAUGAGGAAAGUGGACGGAAAACGCUAAAAACGCUACCGUUCUGCUUGACUGACAGUGAUUUUGUCUUGUGGAAACGAGGCUGUGCUACGUGA